AGGCCUAAAAAAUCACCACCAUCAUAGCCAAACUUGUAAUAGUAAAGGAAAAGAAUAGACGUACAACUUCUGGGAAGAAGAUGGUCUGUGGAGUUUUGGCCUUGUUUAUUCCCUUGUAUUCAAAGUUAAGCUCGAAAUAUGAUGUUGGAACAGCUCCGAAGCACCGGAAUCAUAAUUUUCCGACGUUCAGUGUUCAAUGCUCAAGCUCUAGCACAGAGUCACCAAUAUCUGCUGAUAAACUUCAGGAUGAUUCUUCCAUGACGGGAGGUGCAUAUGAUUUCAAAAGAGCAACUAGGUCGCUUACUGGGGAGUCGCUAUCGUCACCAAAGAAGGUGACUCUUAUAAGGCAUGGACUUAGCUCUUGGAAUGAAGAGGGUAGAGUUCAGGGAAGCUCAAACUUAUCUAUCCUAACAGAAACUGGAGUGAGACAAGCAGAGAGGUGUAGGCGAGCCCUGAAAAAUCUGCACUUUGAUCAGUGUUUUUCGAGUCCAAUAUCUCGUGCUAAGUCCACGGCCGAAGUUAUAUGGCAAGGGAGGCAAGAACCACUGGUUUUCCUUGAUUCACUGAAGGAGGCUCAUCUGUUUUACCUCGAAGGCAUGAGAAAUGGUCUGUUUCCUGUUCUCUUGUUCGUUUGAUAAAUUCAAAAUCUUGACUAAUCAUAAUAUCAGUUGCUUAAUGUGUGAUCUAGACUUGUAUUCAUAGUUGACUGUUAGAAUUAGUUAUGGUUUGAUAGGUAAACUGCUUUCUUGUUUUGGAGCCUAGUGAAGUCAAUUAACUUCUUGGGAUUUAAAACAGUGCUAGCCUUUUAUUGUUUUUAUUUAGUUCUAUAUAUAUGUAUGAGGCUAAAUCAUGUUCAGAAUAUGGAGGCAGUGGAUGCUAGGCAGAUAUAUCCGAAGGAGUAUGUGACAUGGAGAGAAGACCCAGCUAAUUUUUAUGUUAAUGGUGUAUACCCCGUGAGGAAACUAUGGGAAACAGCUAGAGAGGCUUGGAGAGAAAUAUUGGUCACUCCUGGAGAAAACUUUCUGGUCAUCACUCAUAAAUCAAUUUUGAGGGCACUGAUCUGCACAGCUUUAGGGCUAGACCCUGAGAGGUUCCGAGCAAUUGAUGUAAAUAAUGGCGGGAUAUCUGUAUUUAAUUUCAACAAGAGAGGCGAAGCAAUGCUUCAGUCAUUGAACAUGACCGCUCAUAUGUACAGUGAUCAUAUGUACCAUUACUAAGUACUUGACAUUGUGUACUCUAGUAGUAAGUAGGCCGCUUCCAGUUCCACAGACAGAUGACAGUAUUGGAUGAAGUUACAUAGCAUGCAUGAAGUGAUAAAGAGUGGGGAAAAGACUUGUCCUUUCCACUUCAGCUAUCUAUAUGGUUAAAAUCUCCAGAGUUUUUACUGUAUACUCUUAGGCACAGUUAUGAUCCAAAGGAACAGAAUCAAGUUCUUGAUUCUCCAAUGUAGACAAUGAUAAGACCUUGCAUUAUUUGUCAUGUUAUUCUGUUAAGGCCAUGUAUGCACUUUCCUAAAACUGCAACCUUUUUUGAGAUAAUGUAUAUGUUCUCUAUGCUUAAUAUGAAAGCAGAGACAAAUUCCAGAUUAAACUCUUUAUGUUCUCUAUAGCGAGCAAUGCUUUAGUGCUGGCGGUGUUUGAUCCCUUUCCUUAUAUUAUUAUGACAUUUUUAAUUUUUUAUAUUAAUAAAUGUGUAAGUUUUAA